GCACGUCCCACAAAUCAAAUCCGCCUCGCGCUAGAUCGCCGCUGCCUGAGAAACUCAACUUCAUCUCAUCCCCGAAUCAUAAAAGCAGCGUGAACAACCCGGGGCUUGGAUGUUCCGUGCAUAAGACAAGGCAAAGGCAAAGCAGGAUGGAGACCGACACUGUCCUUCAUGGACAACUGCAACCCAACGCAUAUCGUACGCUGCAGCCGCAAGCAGCUCAAGCAAUACAGCACGGCCAGCCGCACCUGGCUCACCAUCCACUCGCGUCCCAGCCUGGUCUUGACCUGUCUGGACUCGACGAUCCCGACUCGACUUUCCACCAGGACCUCCGACUUCAAGAUCCACAUGGACAACAUCCCUUCCAGCUCCCACGCUCCUUCGAUCGCAACCAUGGACAUCGCCCCAUGCACGUCCAAAGUGCCAGCCCGCAUACCCCGCAGCAACAGCAACAGCAACAGCAUAACGGUGGACAGUUUGGCAUCCUGACAACAGAACCCAUGCAGAAUAACUCAAUUGCUCGUCUGCAACAAGAAGAGGAUCUCUUUGGUACGCCAGAGGGCUCGGAUCAGAAGAGCAAUGGCCAUCUGAGCACGAAGAUUGUUGUUGCCCCUCCAAAUCUUGCUGAAUGGCGCCAAAGAUUGUUCGACGUGGAUGACAUGAUCACAUUAAGUGAAGAAGAGUACCAAACAUACUUUCCUCACGUUGACAAUGUCUAUUCACACCGUUCGACCCAGACCUACAAGCGCAAGCCCUUCGUCUCUCACUAUUGGGACUGUCGUCUUAAGGGCAGACCGCCAGGAACACCCAAGUCAAAUGAUCCGAACAAGAAGAAGAGAAAGCGAACUGCUAGAGAGCGUGAUCUUUGUGAUGUCAAGAUCAAAAUCACGGAAUACCUGCCGGGUGCUAUGUUAGACGAAAACUUCGUUCCUGAUGGAGGCCAACCAGAUCAGAGCAAUAACUUCUUCUCUUCGGGUCAACCUGGAGGGCAAGCAAUACACCAACACCAGUUUGGCAUGACACUAGUCAAUAGCUCUUUGAAUACACCCCAUCCUGGAGCCGGCGGUCAACGAUACUACACAAUUCAACGUGUCAACGGCAAUGGUGGCAAUGGAAAGGGCGAUGGCGUCCCUGGCCCGCACAAGCAUACUCUCGCUGAGAGCGAUCGUAUCAAGAAGAACAGUGUCCAGCGAUUUGUCAUGAAGAAGGACAAAGAAGAGAAAAAAACCCAAAAGACGUACCACAAGAAGGCGACUGGCAGUGCACUGGCAACUGUUAGAAAGCACUCGAAAGAUCAUGAAUUAAAGUUGUUUGGAAGCUGCUUCUGCCCAUUUGUCCAGCGUGUUUGGAUUGCAAUGGAGUUCAAAAAACUGCAAUACCAAUACAUCGAAGUCGAUCCAUACAAGAAGCCACAAGCCCUAUUGGACGUAAAUCCUCGAGGUCUUGUCCCUGGCAUACGUCAUGGUGAUUGGGGAUGUGGUGAGAGCACGAUCUUGAUGGAAUAUAUCGAUGAGAUUGGUGCGGCCUACCCUCUUCUGCCUUCACUAAACAGUCCUCAGCGACGGGCAGAUUCCAGGCUCUGGGCUGAUCACGUUAAUCGUAAAAUCAUUCCUGCCUUCUACCAUCUUCUUCAAGCCCAAGACUUCAACAAGCAAGCUGAGUGUACCAAGAAGCUCCAGGAAGAAAUUGCGAAGAUCGUCGAGGCCAGCGAUGCUCAAGGCCCCUUCUUCCUUGGCCAUGAAAUGUCCUUUGUGGACAUUCAAUUCGCGCCCUGGAUGAUUCGACUGACUCGGGUCAUGAAGCACUACCGAGGUUGGCAAGACCCUGCCCCGGGAAGCAGAUGGGGUCGCUGGCUGGAUGCAGUCGAGAACAAUGAGCACGUGAAAGCUACGACCAGUACAGAUGACCUUUACAUUGACAGCUACGAACGUUAUGCCCAGAAUCGCCCAAACACAUCCCAGCUUGCUGAUGCUAUCAACGGAGGAUACGGUCUGCCUUGAUUAUUUGCGGUUAUGAGUUCUUUCCAUGGGAGCAAUAGCACACUUGGUUCGGAAUGAUUCACACGGAGUACGCGGGUGGGAUGGAGUACCUGGCGUUUUGCUUUAUUUUACAGCGUCGGGCGUGUUUAUGACAUGAAUUAUGGUCAUGAUCCACUGGCUAUCUUAGCUGCGUUUGGAAUGCGAUCUCCCAUGAGCUUUGCGAGUAGCUUUGCAAUGAGCUUUGCAGUGAGCUUUGCAGUGAACCUGGCGAUGAACUUUACAAUGGCCUUUGCGAUGAUAUUUGCGAUGAAUGAACAAUUUGCACAAUUCUUU